AUGGCCGUCGGACUCGGAGAGACUAUUACUGUGAUUAACAAGAGUGGGAAGGUAGUGAGCAGUAGCAAGCACAUUGUCAACGUCUUCAAGGAGGCCAAGGCCGCCUACCGUGAGCGCAAAGCUGAAAUCAAGGCUGAGCGCGAUGCCGUCGUGAAGGAGAGGGAGGUCGCCAAGAAGGCCCUCCGCGCUGCCGGCGAAGACGACGAUGCCCGCUCCCAGGUCUCGCACCGCUCCAAGGCUUCCAAAGCCCACACCCACCGCAAGCAUGACCGGCCGACCAUGGAGCGCGGCUACAGCGACAGCUUCUAUGCCAACGACAGCCCGCGGAGCAGCAAACACCGCCUCGAAAAUGACCUCGGCGGACACGAUGCGCACAACAAGGAGACUGCGAGGAGGAACUCCGACCAGGCCGUCCAGCGUUCGUCCCAAAGCAAGUCGCGAUCCAAGUCAGUCGACAUGGACCUUUGCUACGGUGACGUGCCCCCGCCCCUGCCCGAAAAGAAGUACGACGACCUCGAGCUCAAAGAGAAGGCUUCCAAGAUCGAGAUGCUCCUAGACGAGGCCAACUGCCUCCAACAUACCGCCACCGCCAUGAUCGAGAACCUGCAAAAGAACCCCGAGGCCCUUGCCGCCGUAUCCCUCACACUCGCCGAGAUCAGUGCCAUCGUGGGCAAGAUGGGUCCCGGUGUGCUCACGGCGCUCAAGGGCAGCUUCCCCGCCGUAGCUGCUCUACUCCUCAGCCCACAGUUCAUGAUCGCUGGAGGUGUCGCUGUCGGUGUCACCAUCGUCGCGCUCGGUGGAUACAAGAUCAUCAAGAAGAUGCAGGCACAGCCUGCGGUCGAAGAACCAAUGCCUGCCGCGCCUCAAAUGCCUUUGCCUGUCCGUGCCGCCACCAUGCCGCUGCCCAUCGAAGAUUCCAACAACGAGCUCGACGAGCUGGAGCCUCAGGAACUAAGUCGUGUGGAGAAGUGGCGUCGUGGCAUCGCAGACGUCGAGGCCAACAGCUCCGGCACCAGCGUCGACGGCGAGUUCAUCACACCCGAGGCAUCACGCACCCUUGUCGCAGCUGGCGUUCUUGAUGAAGAUGACCUCAAGUCCCGUCGCAGCACCAGAUCCAAGAGGACCAGCGACUCAAAACACAGGGAGCACAAGUCGCAUCGUGCACCAAAGUCUGACUUCAGCGUCAAGACAAGCAAGACCUCCGACAGCAAACGUCAUUCUAGCAAGGAAAAGUCCAGCAAGGAAAAGGUCCCCUCCAGCAAAGUCGCUCCCAGCGUCUCAAGCAAAUCCGGCAAAGAAAGCAGCAAGUCCAAGAAGAAGGAAAAAGAGCCUUCAGGCCUGAAGAUGUUGUUCCGCGCUCACACCGUUGCCGUUUAG